AUGUACUACCAUUGUACAAAUGAAGGUAUAGCUGUGAAAGAGGCUAUCUAUAAAAGAACUGGUAAAGGGGACAAGAUCUGUACAAUUUGUGGGGAAGAAGUAGAAACAGUUGAACACAUGUUCUUCACAUGCCCAAGAGCCCAAAUAGUGUGGAAACUAGCACCGAUUAGAUGGGAGAAGCUGAGAGACUUACAAUGUAAUUUGUGGAGAUGGGGGGAGGUGGUAGCUCAGACAGGAUCAAAGGAAGAUGGGAUGAAGCAUAUCAACUUGACAGUAAACAUCCUAUGGCAGAUUUGGAAAGCAAGGGGCAAUGUGGUUUUUGAACAGCAAAGGGGUGAAGCAAGAGAUAUAGUUUUGAGAGCACAACAAGAAUGGCUCGAAUAUGAAGAGGUGUUACAGCAGGAAGGAGCUACCAAACAGAAAGGAAUGGCUGCGAAUCAGAAGGAACAGGUAAAGGUACCAUCAGUAGAAGGAAUCAUCCGAUUCAGUACAGAUGCUGCACUCAAUGCAAGGAUGAUCAGAACAGGAAAAGGAAUAGUUGCAAGGCACCGGACAGGCAAGAUUAUAAGAGCAAAGGGAGUAGUAGAAAGAAAGAAGGGUGAAGCUCUAAUGGAGGAAACAUUAACUAUUAGAUUAGCUCUCCAAAUGGCACGCGAAGUAGGCUGGAGGAAGAUAGCUAUCCUAUCAGAUUGCAAGAUGGCCACAGACUACAUCAGAUGCAACAAUGUGUAG